ACGCAAACUCCGUGAAAAACGUCGAUAAGUGACACGCGAUCUCCCCGUGCGAAGUCUAGUCUGAAACACCACCGGAAAUAUCAACGGAGAAAAAUUAAAUCACCGUGUAAACCACAUUUCACUAUCAAUAAUCGGUUGUUCGAGGUUCUCGAGUCAAGGUAAAUAAAUGAUAACUAUAAUUCUGAUCAGUCUAUACGCGGGAUUUUCUAAUGGGUUUCGUGGACCGCAUCAUCCUCGCAGUGCCGUCUCUCAUCAUCACUAUUCUCCGCAAAAGAACGUUAAAAUAACACAGGACACAAACCUUUUGCAGGACACCACUCAUUUGAAGGAAGAUAUGGGAGAUGUGGCCGAACAAUUGGACUUUUCAAACAUGACGGACAAGGAAAUAGAAUUCCAUUAUUUUCAAGCUCACGAUGUUGAUAAUAAUGACAAAUUGGACGGAUUAGAAAUUCUCAGCGCUAUUCAACACACAUUCCAUGAGAAUAAAUUGAGCGAUGUUGAAUGCAAUAGUGUGAACGAUGGAACGAAGCAAGUGGAUUAUGAAGAUGAUUUGCCAUGGAUAGUUGAACUGAUAGACAAAGUAUUCAAGGAAGACGAUUUAGAUAAUGAUGGAUACCUUGGAUAUAAUGAAUAUGUACUUGGACGACAAAAGGAUCACAUUGCACAAACAAAGAGGCAUGACAAUCCACGAAUCAGAAAAUAAAAUUUAACACGAUAGAAACUUUUUAUUGGCUGUAUUAACAAUAAGUAAAAUCUGUCAGAUACACAAAUUUACAUUUGCUCUACUGUUUAAAAGUUUGGAAGCCAUUAAUAAAAUCUUAAAAAAUUAUUAUGUUUACUUUAUAAUUAUAUAUAAUUUUACUAAAAUUUAUAAACUUAAAAGUAACAAAAAACCUAUUCUCAUCAAAUUUUUACUCCAUUAAAACAACAAUAUUGUGGGAUAUAGAAUUCAGGGUGUGACGAGGAUUAAUGUUUUCUUGGGAGCGUUUUAAAAAUAUGAUUUGUUUUACUCUCCUAGUCUCUGCUGAUCAAAAAAGCCUCGUCCUAUCGUGUUUGCUUAUUAUAUUGCACCGCUAACCUCACACUCGCUCAUUCGCCGAUUUCCGCGGUUAGCGAACUUCGAUUUGCUCUCUCUCUCUAUCUCGCUCUCAGUCUCUCAUACAAACAUUCGGGAGUCGUUAGCACUUGUUACUCCAAUUAUUUACAGGACGGCCGUCGACCCUC